AUGCCUGCCCUUUUGAGUGAGCUGGAAGACAUCCCGGUGGUCAGCGCCCGCUCAAUCUUUGAGCCCCUCGGCGUCCAGGAGCCGUACCGCUGGAAGGUCUUGUGCUUCCGCCGCAUCGUGGACUGCUUCACGUUUGAUGCUGCCGGGAAGAAGGGCCCAAGCAGCCUCAUCUCGAUUGGCGAUGGGUGGCAAGAGCGAGUGGCAGCGAUGAUGGCAGCCCAGGACGUGGAGCUGGCUUGCGUAAAGUGCCUGAAGUUCUUGGAGCAGCCGGGAGUUGACCAGCUUGCGCAGGAACUUGACUUGUGCUCACAAGUGUUCGAGGGUCUUGCUGGCCAUCCGAGCUGGGUCGAUGCCUGCUACAGUUAUACAGAAGCUUGGGGAUUGCAGCUGGAAGCACGAGCUGCUGACACAUCCGCAUUAGGCGGAUCCUUCGCAGCUGUGCAGGGGACAGUGGAGGUUGUUUCUACUGACACUGCCUGGGCCUCUUCAUGCAUCGUGGUCUCGGUGAGCACGGCUAUUUGA